AAUUUAUCAAUUUAUCCGGUAUUUCAAUUUGAGUCCGGGUUCCGCAUUCGUAUUUCGUAAAUUGUAGUUCGUUCCUCUUUAAUUUGCUUCUAAGGGUUCUAUAUUGGGCGCCGGCAGGACAAGAAAUUUAAAAAUAUUUAGUUCAAACUUUCACGUCGGACGCAUAGUCACUACCCACAUAAAAUGUUACCUCUUUCGUUAUUAAAAACUGCUCAGAAUCACCCGAUGCUGGUGGAAUUAAAAAACGGUGAAACAUACAACGGACAUUUAGUGACAUGCGAUAGUUGGAUGAAUAUCAAUUUACGAGAAGUGAUCUGCACAUCUAAAGAUGGAGAUAGAUUUUGGAGACUUCCGGAAUGUUAUAUUAGAGGUAGUAUGAUUAAAUACUUGAGAAUACCAGAUGAAAUAUUUGAUAUGGUGAAAGAAGAUAUAGUUGUAAAUAAAGCUCGUGGCCGAACAGAUAACCAGAAAAAUCGUGCUCCUAGAGGAGCUAGACAAGGGUUCAGUGGGAGAGGCGGAGGUGGUAGCAACCGAGGUACUGGACCACAACAACAGAGAGGUGGCCCAAAUAAGUUUAGAGGAAAAUAAAUUGUACAUUAUAUAAGUUUUAUUAUACAAUAUGUAUAAUGUGUAUAUUUAAAUUCAGAAAUGUCUAAUUGCAAUAAUAUGCGCGGUGAAAAUUAUCGUAUUUCUUAAAUUAAUUAAGAAAAAUUAAUUUAACUAAUAAUCUUUUAUUAAGAAAACAAAUUAUAAUAGUUAAUAAUAACCAUAAUAUUGUCAAAAUCAUAGACAUAUUAAUAUGUCUAUGGUCAAAAUAUAAUGGAUAAGGUAAACAAAUUUUAGGUUAACAAUUAAUCAAUAAAAAGGUAUACUUUUGUUUUUAAAUGUAAUGUAAAUGCUAAAGACUGGAUUAAAAUAUUAAAAUUAAAA